AUGGGGCCUCAGACCUUUGGCAUUGGAACCGAGCCCAUCGCCAAGACACCUGUUGGGUUCUGUUUGCGGGCAUCCCAGCACUGCCACCUGCAUACUUUGCUACAGGGUCACUUGAGUGACGAGCAGCGCAGAGCCUUGAGCGCCCACAGGCAGCUGCUGAGCGACAAGAGGCAGGCACAGGUCCAGCUGGAGUUCCAGAGGGCCGUGGAGUCGGUGGAGGCUGAGGUACAGGACUUAUCGAGGGACGUCACCACCAUGUGGAAGCUGCGGGUCACCAACUAUCAGAAGAAAGAAAAGGACUCGGUUGUGCUGAGUGUCUGGCGCCCAUCGUCAGAGCUGUUCUCCAUGCUGACCGAGGGUACACGGUGCCGCAUCUUCCAUCUCACGGUGGCAGCAGCCAAGAGGAAAGCCGGGAAGGGCACCGUGCAGCUGACAGCCACCAAGAAGACCCAAUAUCAGCCUUUGCCGGCUUCAGAGGAGAUCCUGUCCCAGGUGUACCAGCCACGCGAGCCCCUCGACUUCCACCGGUUGUUGGACCCCAACUUCCAGCCCCCUUGCUCUGAGGUGGACCUCAUGGGAUUUGUGGUUUCUGUGGUAAAAACGACAGGUCUUGCCCCCAUGGUCUAUGUGUCCGAUGAGCACCAUAACCUGUUGGCGAUAAAGUUCUGGGUCGACCUUAACGAAGACACCAUUAAGCCACCCAUAUUGAUCGCUGCCAGCAACCUCCAAUGGCGACCAGAAUCCAAGUUGAGAAUCCCAACUUUAUUUGCUGGCGAGUUUUCCACAUUUUCUGCCAACCCAAAGGAGAGUCACUUCCAGGAAGCAUCCCACAGGAUGCAAGCCGCCGUGGAGGACGCCAGCGCGUGGUGCGGCGAGGCCAAGCAGAAGCUGCUGCUGCUCCUUGAAGCGAGGGGCCCCGAGUGGUCCACCCCAUCAAAAGGCCCCUCGGCCCCCAGUGCCCAGCACUCAUUUCUCUCAAAAGGGACGUCUCUUCCUAUGCCCGUCUCUGCCCAGAAGACUGCGACAUCCUGUGGGGGAGUUGAGGACGGCGGCAGUGACCCGAAGACGGCCAGAAAGAGAAGGGCCUUGGAUUUCCUGAGCCGCCUGCCUGCACCCCCGCCUGUCAGCCCUGUCUGCACUUCUGUCUCUCGCGCGGCACAGAAGGCGUUCCGUCCACCUCGGAGGUGCGGCACUGCCCACGGAGCACGACUGGGAACCAGAGCUUCAGCUUCUCCUCAGAAGACAACCGCACUGGGGAAAGCCAAGGACACUUUGCUGGUGGAAAGCGAUUCCAUUGCUGACGAAGAACUUGCACUGAUAAACACCCAGGCCCUUUUGUGUGGCCCAGCAGGAGACCCACUCGUGUGUGUCUCCCAGUCCGCUCGGACAACGCCUCUUUGGCCAGAGGCCUCCCCAGGGCUGCAGCAACCUGGCCCCAUGCCCGAGCUCCCA